GGAGACGCGAUUCAACAACGCCUCAGCGUUCGACCUCGUGCCUCCCCUCAUCCUGCCUUGUUGUUCUCUCAGUUAUUACCAGCCCAAUUGGAUGCAGUGAAUCUUAAAUGAUGGAUGAUUCCGGCAAUCUUCUGAAACAGUACCCCUACGUUACAUCCCAAGAUGUGGACUAUCUCCGAGAGGGUUAUGGUGCUCUCGGAGAUAUUAGUCAACUUGUUCGGUGUAUAAACACAGCACGAGAAACUCAACAAGCCAAUGGUCGUGAACAUGUUUUAGCUGGACCAUUGCUUGAUGUGCAAUCAGUCCAUGUACUACCAAAAGCAGCACACAAAGGCAGACCAGUUUUUGUGUAUGGUAGGAUUCGUGUUAGUUAUCUACACAUAAGUGAUGGUAGACAAAUGCAUCUUGACAUUUAUAACCGAAAGGCCAAUGAUGCUGAAUACAUUAGCCCAACUGGCGGCAAUUUGACACUCACUUGGCCUGAUGAUAAUCAUCGGAAGGUCUAUGACUUGUGGAUGAAAUUGGACAAAACAACAAUAGCUGCGGAUCUCUAUCUCAAAAUUGGAAAUCGGACUGCUCCACUUGCCGUAGAUGACAUUUUAGUGGGGGAUACAACCAAAGGUGAUUUUGAAGAAGUGAAAUCAAAAGUAAUCGGUGGAAAACUUUGCUCUGCUACUCUUGUUUAUAUUGCAAUGCCAUUUGCUACUUUGGGUCGACUGGGCAUUCUUUUCUCCAGCAAAGAUCGAAACAUCCAUCAGGUUAAUGUCGCCGGUAAAAUAUCUGCACGAUAUAAGAACACUUACGGAAACUAUGACUCGGAAGAAUGGACUCUUUUUGAGAGUAAGGAUGAAUUUGAGCCUGUCAAUUUAAAGAUGAAUAAAUCCUUGAGGCUCUCUAGAUACUGGUUAGGGAAGCCUGCAUAUUCAUCACUCAUUCUUGAUCUGGAUUUGAGAGACUUCGAUGCCAACACAACGCUCAUCAAAAGAAAAGUGGAAUUAUUUGACCGGAACGGUGUGUUUUCAACUGAGUAUUUAGUGACAGUAGAUGGUUUGACCAUUCGUGUGCAUAUGCCUAUGUUUUCGUAUCAACCUGAUGGCUGCUGCUAUGAGAGCAGUGAUUCGGAUGAGUCUGAUGAUGAAUGCGUUUUCGAAGACAACCUUCGGUACCAUCAUCAUAGUAUGCCAGUGACACCUCGCACAUCAAACUUAGUGGAGUUCUACUCUGUUCUUAUUGGUCGUAGAAAUUUGAUGGCAUUGAAUGUGUCAGGCACUAUUGAAAUCACUACCUACCAUAAUUCACAAUAUCUAUUCAAGAGUAUAGGUGACGAUGUUGUGAAAAUGGAAGAAGGAGAGAAAGUUCUUCCAUUGUUGGAAGUGGACAAAGAUUUUUAUGAUUGCGAGACGCUUGAGUUGAAAAUCAAUCUGAAAGAUGUUGACGGGAAGUACAAGAAUAAAGGUUUUCUUACUUACAUAAUUGAUUUCAGCGGAUGUCCUUUUUGGUUCAACACCCAGCGAUGUUCUGUUAUCCCAGGCGAAGAUGGUUUUUGUGCUCUAUUUUAUUCCAUGUUCCGAAAAGCUUGUCUUGCUGACAUUGAGGUGCAUUUCAAGGUCAAGAAUGUUUGUGAUUCCUUGAUUUAUGGAAGUGUAGUAGCUCAAUAUAGCAAUUCGACUACUCAACUCAGUUCAAGAGAGUAUUUUUGAAGUGUGCUUUUUAAAAGGUCUAAGAAAGAUCUAGCAGAAUUAGGGGUUGAUGGGAAGGUACCACUCGCUCGUUGUGUGGUUGUGGUUCCAAUGCAUUCAAGUCUUAUUCUUGAUUUGGAUCUCUGUGGGUCAACUGUGAACGAUAGUUUAUCAUUCAAAAAAGAAUUUGAGAUUGGACAUCAUUUGUUUACGAUGGAGACAACUCUCUAUGAGCUUGACAUUAAGCUGUCUUGGAGAAAUGGU